AUGGCUGCUUCCUUCCGCAGCCGGCGGAGUGUACACCGCGCACUGGCGAUGGUGAUUUUGAUGUUCGGUGCGCUGGCGGCCACCCUCAGCUUUGCGGGGCCGGAGAGCGCAGGCUUUGGUCGGUCUCCAAGUCGUAGCGGCAAAAAGGAACGGUGCGAACCUUCGGUGCGAAGCUUCGCUGCCAAAGCAGAGCUCUUAGAGGCGAUCCACACGUUUCAGGAGGAGCUCAACCGAACAUCCAACCUGAGUAUUGACUUUGGUGUGAAAGGUGGCGAGCUCGACGAGAAGGACCGGGCCCCGAGCAACUUAGCCGCCUCGGGCGCCUUCGCACGCGCCUCGGUUCGCCUGGGGCAAGCGGCCGAUGAAGUGCUGCAAAAAGUGGAGCGGCUGAAGGGCGGAUGCCCAGAGCCCUUGAAGGGGUUCGGGACCCCGCAGGGUGCAGAGUGCCCGUUGCACGGCAGCUGGCGCUUGCGCUUCACCACCGCGGCGGAUGCGACCUUCACCCGCAACAGCACCAGGGGAACGGCCAAGGUCAGCAAUGUCGUCGAUGCGGUGAGUGGAAGCGUGACCAACUGCAUCGACUUUGAUCACCCGGAUGCUGCGGAGUGUCUGCGCGUGCGCCUCAGUGCCGAGACGGAGUCCAAAACGCGCUUGGGCUUGGCAUUUCGAUAUGUGAAGGUUCGCUUGACGAAGUUCUUCGGUUUUUCCUUGGGUCAGAGGAGGCUGACGCUGACUCUGCCGGUGCCGGGGCCUUUUCUCACGCGGAUCAUCACCUUUUUCACCAGGAAAACGCCGCCCAAACCAUUCUUUGAGAUCAUCUACUUGGACGAUGAUCUUCGAGUGCACAAGACGGGACAGGGCAAUGUCUUUGUCCAGGAGAAGAUGUCCGUUCCUCCGCCAUACCUUUGA